AUGAGUGCGGCCAGACAGAACUAUCUACAGAUCCGCGAACAGCAACAGCUCAAUCGUGAGCGGGCGCGAGAGGCGGCCAUUGAACGUCAGCGUGAGGAAGAAAUGAUCCAACGCCAGAAGGCACAAUACAAUCACGUUUCCUCCCAUGGAUAUGGCCAGCCAGGAGGUCGAAAUAAAGAUGAUGUGGAGAUUAAAGUAUUCAUCCGCGAGUGCGACGGGGAUCGAGCGCAGACGUUCACCUUUAGGGAGAGCGACGCCACGCAACAGCGUGUGAUCCCCGAGCCCGCAGCCAAGCCGAAGUCAACCAACCGACUCCCUGCACUCCCAGAACAAUUAAAACAACAACAACAACAACAGUUAUCGGCGAAGGCGGCAAAUGCGGCGCGGGGAGUGGUGCCCAAGUACAUUCUGCAGCGCAAGGCAGAACUCGCGGCGGAAAAGGAGGCGAUCCAGCGAGAGGCGGAGCGGCAGAAAGAAAUGUCGAAGUACCCGCCAGGACACCGGCCAGUAACAGAAGAAGAACGGAAGGAAACACUUGCUAAGCUCGCUCUCAGACGAAAGGAGUUGGAGGGUGAGCUGCAUAAAAUUCCUAUUCGUUUCGAUACACAGUCUAUUAGAGCGAGACGGAGUAAAAUUGAGGGUGAACUGAGAGAGAUUGAUGAGGCAGAACGGAAGUUCAGCUCAUCAAAACAGCUCUUUGUUCCUAUUUAA